AUGGCGAUGAUCGGUAGGCGGCUUCGCAUCGUUUCUCUUCGGUACCAUGCCAACAGGGCCCGGUGGCCACUGAUUGACAGCUAUCGAAGUUGCACCACCGCCUCCAAUGGUUCAGCAGCGACAGCAGCAGGCGUCACAUUCCACUCGCAGCAGGACCAGGUGAGGACGUCACGUCACGCUCUGCACACUGCAUGGGCUUCACUCCUGGAAGAUCGGCAGUGCCUGUACCGCGAUACUGUACUAGACGCCAAACUUGGCCCGCACCGCAAAGAACUCAAGAACCUGCUGCAGCGCGAGCAAACUGCUGCUUCUGCUACUGGCUCCACGAGUACGUCGGAGUUCACAGUAGAGAAACUCAUGGUGUGGAAGGAAACUUGGGUGCGUAGCGAAGACGGUGGGGAGGGUUCUCUCCUAGACUUCUAUAAUGCCGUUCUUUGUAGUGCUGCUAUUACCACUGAUGCCGAUAUACGCCUUGUUCUGGACGUGAUGCAGGGUUGCGACCAUGUCGAGCCGAACGCUGACACCUACAUCGCCAUUAUGCUCUCUCUCCUUGUUGAGCAGCAUACAUCAAAACGAGCUGCGGGUGAUGUGGUUUUUUAUUACUUUGGUCACGCGCUCCGAAUGAGGGGAGAGGAGUUUGUUACCGAUGAUAUGUGGGGGGCUUUAUUUGUCGUCUGUGCCGUCACGGAGACGGCGGGAAAAAUUGUUGAUCAGUGGUGGGAUCUUCUUCUUAAAAGGUGCGAGAGGCUAUCAGCGCCGCUGCCGUACAGUGCUGUGCAUGGUGCCCUCACAUGGGGCUCUGCGAAUCGUGAUGUGGAGCGUGUGUUACGUUUUUUUCACACGGCAAACAACAAAGGUGUGGUCAUUCGUACGGCUGAGAGGUCACACUUCGUCAUUGCCAGCGGGGGAUUGACCAAGCAAAGCAGCGACACUAUGGUGCAGAUGUGUCAGCUGAAACUGCUUGUGAAGCUGAUAGUAACGGUCAAGUCCAUCAAGAUGGACGGUGGGCUUCGUGAUGUUGUGAUUAAAGACAUUCGCCGCCUCAUCGCUCCAGAAUUGCUACGAUCCGCGCCGUGGGGUGUCAUCAAUGAUCUUCUUAGCGGUCUCUCCAUGCCGAGUGCCAUGCAGCUGCUGAGGUUCCACUCCGCCGCUGCACCAGAAGGAGAUGGUGCCAUUCCGUUUGCCCUAUGGGCCUCGCUGUUGCGGCGCUGCGCUAGGGAUCAUCACAUUGAUCAAGCCGAGGCCGUGUUUCUGUUCAUUCGCAAGCGUUUUGCGCUGACGAGUGAGCAAAAGGAGGAGUUGGUGGAGAUAAUGAUACGCAUGUUUGCGACGCUGCCGCAAGGGGACUACGCCUCCGCCAUGGCGCUGUUUCUCGAGCACGUGGUGCGCCACCCCAGUGGGGAGCCGUCGGUGACGGCGAACGCAACCAUGUACAACCUCCUCAUACGCGCAAGUGACACACGCAAUGCUGCAAUGAUGACAUUCCUUGAGGCAUGUGCCUCUGGUGUUGAGGUCAAUGAGGAGACGUUCGAGGCGGUGAUGAGCUCCAACCGCUACGCCGCGGUGGCAUCGCUGAGUCUGAAGCUGCCUCAUGACUACCACGCCUCCAAGCUUGACGAGCAGUUGCACAUUCCUGCCAACGUUGAUGCCCACCUGCGCCGGGAGGAGGCGAUGAAACUGCGUGGGAAGCAGCUGGUGGACUCAACAGGUGAAGUGAAUUGA